UCAGCUACAACGCUGGGAUCAGCGCGUGCGGGAAGGGCGAGCAGUGGCAGCAGGCUCUUGCGCUGCUCAGCGAGAUGCGGCAGGCGAAGCUGGAGCUCGACACGAUCAGCUACAACUCUGUGAUCAGCGCGUGCGAGAAGGGCAAGCUGUGGCAGCGGGCUCUGGGGCUGCUCAGCGAGAUGCGGGAGGUGAAGUUGGAGCCCAACGUCAUCAGCUACAGCGCUGGGAUUAGCGCUUGCAAGACUGGCGAGCAGUGGCAGCGUGCUCUGGCGCUGCUCAGCGACGUGCGGGAUGCGAAGCUGGAGGGCAGCGUCAUCAUGUACAGCGCUGCGAUCAGCGCGUGCGAUAAGAUCGCGCAGUGGCAGCGGGCGUUGGCUCUACUCAGCGAGAUGCGGGAAGCGAAGCUGGAGCCC